UUGGUACAUUUUACUGUGCAUUAUUGGUAACUCAGACAAUUGUCAUCCCUGGCAACCACGAAAAACAAUCUGUCAUUAUUCCUAUUUUCGCCGUGCUGAUAACAACUAUAAAGGAAUUGCCAGUGAUGCGUAACAAUCCGAUUGCAUACCCAGGAUCUGCCAAUUUACCACAACAUGACGCUCAAGUAUAUCAUGAUACAUCUGAUGCCAAUAUGCCAAAUGCAUACCAGCGGGAACUGAAAGAGGAACCGACAAUACUGAUACAAGUGUGGUGCCAUAUUCUAAUGCGCCCUUCUAGGGAGAAAAUUUUUCAAAUCGUGUAUAACACGGAAAACCACUUGCGAAUAAUAGAACUGUUGCUCUAUAAGCUGGACUGGAACAAAAAACUACCAGAAUUUCUGUCUGCUCCUGCGGUACCACAACGGAAAAUCUCCCGAUGUAUGGCUGUGUUACAGCAGCAGCAGCAACAACAAAUACCCGGUUCAUCCACUGUUUUAUCAGCAGCAUAGGCUGCUUCAAAAAGCCUGCGAUAACAUCUCCGACAUCUGUGAUACAAGCGUUCUUGGUUGGGGUGUAUAAUAAUGCCGGUAGCAAUAAUAGUAACAGAAUAGUGGCUGCCGAAAGUAGGGGGACAGCGUUGAUACGAGCAGUUGAUGAUGCAAACUAGAGAUGUGCCAUCCGCUCAUGAGCUGUUCCGAAGAAUCGACUCUUUGAAGUGAGUUGACGCGGAACAGCUCGCAAAAACAGGAAGUGGGUUAUAUCUACGGUAUAACCGCAAGGGUGACGUAGGACUAUCGUUGAUUUAGAGAUCAUUUGUUUGAAGUUUAAUCUGAAUUCAUUCUGAAUGAAUGAAUAUUUGGGGGACUUCG